AAAGAUGGCCAGACUUUCCGCAAGACUUCUCAAGCCGAGCAAAAAGACCAACGCAGCCCUCAAGAAACAGACCGUCGCACCGACAACACAGGCAGAACGUGGCGGCAACGUUUCGGAGGAUGAAGAGCACGUCCAGGUCGCCCAAAACGAUCGCGGGAGCCGAGACGAGUUGGACGAUGAGAACGAAGAUGACGACGACGACGACGAUGACGACGAUGACGAUGACGACGACGAGGGGGUAGAUGAAGAGGGUAUGCAACGACUAAUGGUGGCGCUUGGGCAGGAUGGCUUGGACGAAUUCGACUCGGAGCAACUCAGGGCGCUGGGAGGGGACGACGAGUCAUUAGAGGAGGAUGGCGAGGAUGAAUCGAGUGAUGCGAGCCCCAAGAAUGUGCACGAGGAUGAGCAGGAAAGCAAGGAUGAAGAUGAAGAAGACGGGGAAGUGGAUGGCGACCGUGAAAAGGACAAGAUGCGAGAUACUGCAUCGAGUGGGGAAGACGAAGAGGAGGAUGCGAUUCCGCUGGAUGAAGUUGACUCGGUCGAUGAGGACGCAGUCCCUCGACAGAAAAUUGAGAUUGAUAAUACGGUUGCAUUGGCUCGAAUACGCGAGACCAUCCAGCUUGACCCUUCAUUACCUUGGACGGAAACCCUUGCGCUCUCAUACCCCGAAAAGAUCGAGGUAGACGUAGAAGACGACCUCAAUCGCGAACUUGCAUUCUACAAGCAAGCGCUUCAUAGUGCGAACGCUGCUCGCAAACUCGCAGAAAAACACUCGCUACCAUUCACACGGCCGGCAGAUUACUUCGCGGAGAUGGUCAAGUCGGAUGCGCACAUGGAACGCAUACGGCAACGCCUCCUGAACGAAUCAGCUGCCAUCAAACGAGGCGAAGAGAAGCGUAAGGAACGGGAGGGUAAAAAGUAUGGGAAGCAAGUACAAUUGGAGAAGCAGAAGGAACGACAGCAGAGCAAGAAGGAGAUGGAAGAACGUCUCAAGGGACUGAAACGAAAGCGAAAAGACGCGCUCGACAACGGAGGCGACGAUGGCGCCUUCGACGUUGCGGUUGAAGAUGCCAUCUCUGACCGUCCUCAAAAGCGAGGCAAGGCGUCCGACGGUCGAACCAAACUUUCACGGAGAGGUCGCGACCAAAAGUUCGGCUACGGCGGUGGCGGUCGGCGCGAUAAACAGAACACGAAGUUUUCCACCGAUGACUUCGAUGCCCCCGGAGGACGAGGAGGGCAAGGCAGAGGAGGCGGACGUGGGGGCAGGGGCGGCGGGCGCGGAGGCACGGGCGGCGGGCGUGGCGGAGGUGCGGGACGGGGAGGGAGCAAAAGACUCGGGAAGAGUAGGCGGAUGGCGGGAAGAGGCCGAUCAUGAAGACGUGAGGCUCUGCUACUCCUCUGGAUUGAUCUGUCCCGUCGCAUCAGUAUAUUGAGCUUGUGGUUGUGUGUUCAAUGGUAUCGUUU